CAGAGCAAUGGCGGAGGACGGGGCUGCCGCAACUGUAAACACUGCAGGUAGCUCCACAGCGAAUGCUAUGGCGUAUCUGCAGGACGAGAUGAAGGCUGACUCUGAUGCAGUGCCUCCGUUAAAUCUGGGGGACUUGGAUUUAACCACUGAUGAGUUUAUUCUGGACGAAGUGGACAUUCACAUUCAGGCCAACCUCGAGGAUGAUCUUGUGAAAGAGGCGCUGAAAACGGGUGUCGACCUCAGACAGUACUCUAAACAAGUGGAGACGGAGCUUCAGCGCAUUGAACAGGCUUCAAUCAAAGACUACAUUAAAGAGAGUGAGAACAUUGCCUCUCUGCACAAUCAGAUCACAGCUUGUGACUCCAUACUGGAGCGUAUGGAGGGCAUGCUGAGUACUUUCCAGAGUGACCUGCUGUCCAUCAGCAGUGAGAUCCAGACUCUGCAGCAGCAGUCUGUCAGUAUGAAUCUCCGUCUGAAGAACAGACAGGCUGUGCGCAGUCAGCUCAGCCAGCUGGUGGAUGAACUGGUGGUCCCCAGCACCAUGAUCUCAGUAAUCCUGGACAGUCCCGUGACAGAGCAGGAGUUUCUAGAGCAGCUCCAUGAGCUGAACAAUAAGAUCAAUUUUGCCAAGGAGCUGAGCUUCAGAGAGACCCUGGCCUGCUCCGACAUCCAAGACAUCGUCGACAGACUCAAAAUCAAGGCUGUCACAAAGAUCCGUGAGUUUAUCCUGCAGAAGAUUUACUCCUUCAGAAAACCCAUGACCAACUACCAGAUCCCCCAGAACACGCUCCUCAAAUACAGGUUCUUCUAUCAGUUCCUCUUGGCCAAUGAGAGGACGGUUGCCAAGGAGAUCAGAGAUGAGUAUGUGGACACCAUGAGUAAGAUUUACUACAGCUACUUUAAGUCUUACAGUGGACGGCUCCUCAAAGUCCAGUAUGAGGAUGUAGCUGAUAAGGAUGACCUGAUGGGGGUGGAGGACACAGCCAAAAAAGGUUUUUUCUCCAAACCAUCUCUAAAGAGCAGAAACACUAUAUUUACUCUUGGCCAGCGGGGGGCAGUGUUGAGCCCAGCUGAACUGGAGGGGCCCAUUCUUAUUCCACACACUGCACAGAAAGGAGACUGCAGGUACCCAUACGAGACCCUCUUUCGCAGUCAGCACUACGCUCUGUUGGAUAACAGUUGCCGUGAAUACCUCUUCCUGUCCGACUUCUUCAUGGUGGCGGGAAACUCCGCCCUCGACCUGUUCAACAGCAUCAUGGGAAAAACCCUCGGACAGUUCCUGAAAAACAUGGCCACCUAUGUAUCCGACUGUUAUGACAGCAUAGCCGUGUUCCUGUGUAUUCACAUCAUCCUGAGAUUCAAAGCCAUCACAGCCAAGAGGAACAUCCCAGCUCUGGACAAGUACUGGGAGGCAGUGUUGGAGUUGCUGUGGCCGCGGUUUGAGCUUAUUCUGGAAAUGAACAUUCAGAGCAUUCGCAACACGGACCCUCAGAAACUGGGAGUGCUGGAUACCAGACCACACUACAUCACACGGCGCUACGCCGAGUUCUCCUCGGCCAUCGUCAGCAUUAAUCAGACUUUUCCCAAUGAGAGAACCAACGCUCUGCUCGGACAGUUACAGAUUGAGGUGGAGAACUUUGUGCUGAAGAUGGCGGCCGAGUUUCCCUCCAGACGGGACCAACUCAUCUUCCUCAUCAACAACUAUGACAUGAUGCUUGGAGUCCUUAUGGAGAGAGCAUCAGAUGACAGUAAAGAGGUGGAGGGCUUCCAGCAACUCCUACUGGCCAGAACACAGGAGUUUAUAGAGGAGAUCCUGUCUCCUCCGUUUGGAGGAAUGAUAGCAUUUGUGAAGGAGAGUGAGGCUCUGAUGGAGAAAGGACAGCUGGACAAACUGAAGAAUGAUGAAGCACGGAUCACUCAGCUGGUGAGGGGUUUCUCCAGUACGUGGAAACAGUCUGUAGAGGCACUGAGUCAGGAUGUCAUGAGAUCCUUCACCAACUUCAAAAAUGGCACCAGCAUCAUACAGGGGGCGCUGACCCAGUUGAUCCAGUACUACCACGGCUUCCAUAAAGUCCUGUCCCAGCCCACCUUCCGCAGCCUGGCCGUGCGCUCCGAGCUCAUCAACCUGCACCACCUCAUGGUGGAGGUCAAGAAGCACAAGCCAAACUUCUAACGGGUCAAACCCAAACCCGCAGGGCGCGGCAAAGGCCUCGGGACUUCACUCGGAUGGGGGGGGCGCUCUAGAAUCCUGAGGAGGAACGAAAGAUUCUAAGACUGUUAAAACCGGUAAAGACUGAGUCAGCGCCCAGGUCAGGUUCUAUAACCUCUCUUAGGAUGUGUCCCUGCCUGAUUUAAUUACCCUGCAGAGGAAACCUGUUAAUGGUGGUGACUGUGGAAUGUGAAAUAGGAUGACGUGGAAUGCCCGUACGGUGACUGUGUCAACAGUCACGGCUUUUAGGAUCUGAUGCAUCACCGUGGAUACCUGGGUCUGGAGACACUGUGUUUGAAGCUCUCUACACAAAACAGGCGCCCCUGGAGAUGAGUCAGUGCAUGGUAAUGUACAAGCUAAAUUUGGGCUGGGAGGUGGGCGGGAUUCGGAAGAGUGCUUUAUAACGACUGGAGGUAAGGGUGAAGAGCUGAGAGAGGAUUGGCCACUCUGUAAUCUGACAGAAAUUUUCGCUGAAUCCAACUGGUUUGGGGAGUUAGCAGGAACCACUGAUGUGUGUUAUGAGAACACUGUAUAUGAAGUUAAUGUGAAAUGAAAGCAUUCCAUGUGUUUUUAUGUUUUUAUUGGACUGUACUGCUGUUCUGAGGCUGUAGUAAUAAUCAGGUGUAUCUGUUGUCUGGUGCUGAUUAAUAUCAUUAAAUUAAGCUGCACAUA